AGCACAAGGUGCUAUUACAUGCUUCAACAAGCUGGAGAAAUAAAGGAUCUUUUAUGCCAUGUAGUAUCUUCAAUGUACAGUUUCUAUAUCUUAAUAGCAAGUUUAUCUUUAAAUAAGAUACUAUUUCAACGAGUAUCUUGGACUUACAACAAGAUCCGUUAAUAUUUACUGUGACAUGGUGCACUUUUUAAGAUCAUCUUGCCCAUCCCUGUUUACUUCUCCUUUGAGCGUCUUCACUCCUAUUCAAUUCUUUUUUUGGUAAUAAUACUACUUUGAGACCGUCCUUUCGAUCAGCCACAAUUUUGUUACAAUGGCAUGACAUAGACCUCAACCCUUGACCGUCAAAAGCUUAUGGAAGGCCUAAGUAAAGUAAAACAAUGAUAGUAAUACGUCCAUAAGUAGGUCACCUUGCAUUUUGCAUAGCUAGCUUUGGAGUUGCGAGAGAUGUUAUUAGAUAAUGCCUAUGCCAUAAAAUUUAAGAGGCGUGGUAUAUCUUAAAUGUAUAUUAAGACAUAUUUCUACGUAGCUAAUUAAAGAUGCAACUCAUAUUACAGUCAGGGGUAAAGUGAUAGGGGGGCUCAACCGAAAAUUGGCAAAUUUAUACUUUUGCUAUUAUAUUUUGCAACAUCCUGUGCAAGUGCCCCCCUUGCUAUUUUGAUAGCACUACACCAAUGAUUACAGGUUAAGUCGUACCAAAUUUCCUCUCAUCAUAAAUAGAGUUCAAUGAUCGAUACUUCAUUAUGUAAGCCGUAUAGUAUUAGUUGUAAUGAUUUUUCCAGUUACAUCUUUAGAGAUAUAUAAAACAUGAGUUAUAAACGGGUUCCUAGAAUCUUUUGAUUUUGCAAACAUCAAACAGCAAACUCACACAGACAAACAGGCCUGACAGUAAACUUUGAAAUGUGCAUGGCGAUCAUUUCUGCUCUAUUCUAACAGUACAAGGAAGCUAUUAUACCACUCCAACAUUAUAAUGAUUUAAAUGGCAAGCCUGAUUUUUGUUUGUAUUCCAUUAGCGAUGCAGCCAACCAGAUUUGUUGUGUUCGAUAAUGUUGAUUCAGCUGUCUUUACAUCUGUGCCCUUGUUAGUAUCCUAAGAGCAUCUUUGACUGUCAAAAGUAGACAAGAUCCUCCACUCAUCUGAAAGGCCUUUUCAAAGGAUUAUCAAAAUCUUCCAGCACUCAAAGGCUCACCAACAGCGAGAAUGAAAAGGAAACCCAUUUUGGCAGCACUUCUGCUGGCGCUACUACACUGUUCAAACAGUAACAUUUUCAAGUGGAAUAUGAGUGAGGGAUCAAAGAACUGGGAAUUGUACGUUUUUACCCUAAAGAAGAUGUCAUGGAUUCAUUACAGCUUCCUGGGGUUUUUCAAUAUAAGGUCUGCCUACAAAGACAAGCACUCUAGGCCUGAAUCUAUCUCCAUUGCUGAUGGAGUAAUUCUAACAGAGGUAAUGAGGUAUGCUGUCCUGAAACUAAAUGAACAAAAGAUUCUAAGGCACCCCAUCUAUCUCCAAGUCAUGGAUUGUGAACAUUCACGAACACAGCUAUCAAGGUUUCAAGAUUUGCCGGUGAUUCUCGGCCUAACAUCAUGGCAAACAACAUACUAUAUGUUGAGCAAUCAAAGAUCUAAAGCUCCAGUCUUCAAUCCUUUAUCUUCAAGCGCAUCGUUCGAUCACUAUCAUGAAAGCAAAGAAACAUACAAGAGUAUGCAUGGAAAUUUGAUGCGAACAGUCUCAUCUGAUGCGUUAGAAUUACAGGCAAUCCUAGACAUUUUGAUUAAAUUUGACUGGAAAUAUGUGACAUUGGUGGGCUCAAACGAUCUACGAACCCAAGAGCUUGUCCAGAUGUUUCACAAACGUGCCUUCGCCGCAGGUGUCUGUGUUUCCAAAACGAUCUGGCUCUCUGUGUUACCUGGCGAAAAGGAAUACGAUCAUGUGGCCAAGGAGCUAGCGAGCCAAAGCAAAACCAAUAUUGUCAUUUUAUUUUCGACAACAGGGGAAACGCAUAGAAUUAUCAAAGAAGCAGGGAAAUAUUCUCGACUGAUAUUUGUGACAUGGUCUGGAUUUAGAGCAAGUAAUUACAAUUUGAGAGGAAUAUCACAAGCUGCUAAAGGGCUUUUGAUGAUACAACAUGCUGAUACAUAUGACCAAGGCUUUGAAGAUUAUUUUAUGCAACUUUCGUUAAGUAACAAUCGAUAUUCAUGGUUUGCAGAGUUUUGGAGUGACAUUUUUAACUGCAGUAUUCCAGAGGAAUAUGGAAUAUUGUCUCGUACGUUCGGAGACCAGCGGCGGCGUUGCUCUGGCUAUGAAAAACUUGACAGAAGCUUGGUACAAUUAAGAUACGCCCAAGUGAAGCCUAUCUUAAAUGCCUUGGCUAUAAUUGCUUGUGCAAUGAAUCGGAGCGAAAGGGUUACAAAAUGCAACUACACCUUUGGUUCAUGGUGGCAAUGUCGCGAGAUGAUAAGCAGAAAAGCAAUGAAGUUCAUCGGCAGUAAAGGAUGCCAGCUGCCAGGUUACGUUAACCUUAACAAGCAAGGAUUUUAUAAUAGAGGGUUUCUAAUUGUUAACUAUGAUGGGAUCGAUUUCAGAGAGGUUGGGAGCUGGAAGUUUAAUGAGACGGCAAGAAAAAGUCAUUUUAUUCUGGAUUCUGAAAAAAUUGUUUUCAAAGAAAGAAGCAUACCUAUUUCUCGCUGUUAUUUUCCUUGUAAGAUCGGGGAAAUUAUUGAUCGUGGCCCAGAGGGUAAGGCCUGUUGCUAUCUAUGUAGGUCAUGCAAUCAAAAUGACGUCACAGUGAAUAACUCUUGUGUCCAGUGCCCCAAACAUACGCGGCCUGACAAGAAUCGAACUGCAUGCGUGCAGUUACCUAUCACCUAUCCAAACAUGAAGCAUGGUCGAGCAUGGGUUGUAGCUUUCUUUGCCAGUGUUGGAAUUGUUUUAACAACGAUUGUUAUGGGAAUAUUUUACCGACACCGCAAGACUCAGAUCGUUAAAGCGGCAAGCAAGGACAUGAGCUUCAUUAUAUUCAUUGCAUUGCAUGCCUGUUUUUUAUCGUCAGGAUUUUACAUCAUGAAACCGAAUGUUGUAAUUUGUAGUAUUAGAAGAUUCAUAGUCGGCCUAAGUUUGAACGCCUGCUACACACCACUUCUUUUGAAAAUGAUACGAAUCUAUCGCAUCUUCAAUGUAGUGAAAAUGUCUGCACAGAAGCCACCGCUUAUUGGCCAAAAGUCCCAAAUUACAAUUUGCCUGCUGUUGAUUCUAGGGCAAGUCUUUCUCUGUGUCACUUGGAUCCUUAAUGAGGCCCCAAGUGUCAAGAAACAAGAUUCCGAAAAGAGCAAGGAGACAGUGCUUCUCUGCAGCGCUGAUACAACUAGUGUUGUUUUUAAUCUAAUCCCCUGCCUUAUUCUGAUGUCAUCUUGCACUGUACUUGCGUACAAGACUAGAAAUUACCCCUCAAACUUCAACGAGGCAUUCAAAAUCAGUAUAACGAUGUAUGGGAGUUGCUUGCUGUGGGCAAUUUACGUGCCGAUGCUAGUGCUACAUCAGCAAACUGGGGAAUACGUACAGUUACCAACGCUGCUAACAGCUGGCUUCAUGGUUAUUCUUGGCCUGGUGACAUUGAUUGGACUAUUCGGAUCGACGGUGUUCAGGGUAGUAGCAUAUAGAGAGGCGGAGUCUGGAAGUAGUGGCAGGUUUAGCACGGGAACGCGCAGAGUAACCCUCGAUAUGAUUCCAGAUUCAAGGGUAUGGCCAGAGACCUCAUCUAUGAAACUGACUUCGAGGGACGCAUCAACUGACCCCAUGGAAGCUGAUUAUUGCUCUUUGUGUUCCCAAUAUAAAGAAGUUUCAAAAGGAUAGUUCUAUGCAAGCUUUGCCAUCUUUUUUUGGCUUUACAUCAAGUACUCAAAGUGCUUUAUUUUCUGGCAGAAAAAUGGAUUUCCCUUUCCCCUGAACUAAAAACAUCUCAAAACGCCAAACAUUUCAAAAUACGUUCCAGACUUGGUUUUUUGUAAAUAAAUGAGCCUGCUCGUUCGGCAUCAAUUCUUAUGCAACCUCUGGAGUUAUUUAAUGUUAAACUAAAAGUAAACAUAUAUUAUACUUAGACAGAGGAUUUAUCGAUGUUAUACAUAAGCUGAAAUUAUAAAUAUUGCUGAAGUGGCAUAAAUGCGUUUAAAGAAAUGUGCAUUUUAUUUAAUUGUGAGAUAUGUGAAUACAUAGGUAUCAGAUACAUCUGCAGUCCAUUUAUCUUCCUAGCUAACUGAAUUAACCUUUUUUUCUCUUUAUAUAAGGGUAGUUACAUAGAAGAGCUUUAGCCAAUGAACGAAUUUAUUUUUUUGGCAUUUCUUAAUGCUUAUAAGAAAGGUAUAUUCGGAAAUCCCUGUUCAUUAAAGAAAUAUGAGAUGAUAAAUGAAAAUCUAAAGGGCAUGUGUCGCGUUAGCAGUUGGCUAAUGCAACGAAAAGUUGAGAGUGGAAUUUAGUUGUUUCAUGUAUUUUCACUUGUGCGUCAUGAAUUUUUCUGCCGUGAAAAUUCAUCGUCGUUCAAAUGCUAUGUACUAAAAAGAUUAUUCUAUUGCAUUAACGGACGACAUACGCCCUUAGACAUAUUCUGAUAUUCUUCAAAUUCUAAUAAACAACGUCACAACCCCCUGGAUCGUCUGUUAAAGAGGCAUAGAAUGGGAAUAUCUAGUCUACUAAGCUGAAAAAAAACAGGGGACAUUAAAAAAUCAGUGGCCUUUAAUAGAGAAUUUGCAGUACUUAUUUAGAUACAUCUACAUGCACUAGCGUCUAUUUGUUAUAUAUGCUCAAAAGUAUAAAUAGACAUCGUGCGAAAUAGUCCUACACCUAAUUAUAACAUAUGCCCUAUCAGCAG